CAAGGUGCCAAGUUCUGCCCCUUACAAAAGACGGUAUAAAGGCAGCCCGUACUCGCCAUUCAUAGCUUUCAUAGGAAUACACAGAGCCUCGCCUCCAACGCAAAAACUGCUUCCCAGAAGUCUUCCGUAUUUUAUAUCCCUACCCGGACACUCGCAAAGCAGCAGUUACCUCUCACAGUGUUGAACCGGCAUGAUGGUGAACUGCUGUGGUCUGCUCACUGUCGAUAAGGAACCAGUUCCUCUGAAGAGUGUGGAGGUGGAGGUGGAGGUGAGGGACCAUGUGGCUACAGUGGUCUCCACUCUGAACUAUGAGAACAAGGAGGACAAACCACUGGAGGCUGUUUUUGUCUUCCCUCUGCCUGGAGAUGCUGCUGUCUGUCAUUUCAGCGCUAAGAUCGGACAGACACAGAUUGUAGCUGAGGUGAAGGAGAAGCAGGAGGCUCGGGAGGAGUAUGAUGACGCUUUGAGCUCAGGUCAGCAGGCCUUCCUAUUGGAGGAGAGUGAUCAGAGUCCAGAUGUAUUCUCUCUGAGUGUGGGCAGUCUGCCUCCAGGAGAGAGCGCCUCCAUCAGGCUGGAGUACGUCACUGAGCUGGCUGUGCAGGCUGAUGACGGGCUGCGGUUUUGCCUGCCUGCUGUGCUCAACCCUCGCUACCAACCUCAGGCAUGCGGAAGUAGUGACGGUGCCAGUGUCCAGGUGACUGCUGUUCCAGCCUCUCUGGUGCCCUACAGUCUGUCCUUCUCUGCCCGAGUGUCCUCUCCUCGUCCAGUCUCUAAAGUAGAGUCCAACUGUUCCCUGGACCCUCUGCAGUACCUCAACACAGAGCAAACGCAGGCCACGGUGAAGUUGGCUGCAGGACACAAGUUUGACAGAGAUGUUGAACUGCUGAUUUAUUACAAAGAUGCCCACCAGCCCACUGCUGUGGUGGAGGCAGGACAGGCCUCUGCUAAGCCUGGCACUCUGAUGGGUGAUCCAGUGGUGAUGCUGAGCCUGUACCCUGAGUUCCCCCAGGCUGUGAUGUCUUCAGUCGCCUCAUGUGGAGAGUUUGUGUUCUUAUUGGAUCGAUCUGGAAGUAUGGAUUGUCCUAUGAACAACAGCAGUAGUGAUCAGACUCGCAUUGGCAGUGCCAGGGAUACUCUGCUGCUCCUUUUGAAAAGCUUACCAAUGGGCUGCUAUUUCAACAUCUACAGCUUCGGGUCCAGCUAUGAACACAUCUUCCCUAAGAGUGUGGAGUACAGCCAGAAGACCAUGGAAGAGGCUCUGAAGAAAGUUGAGGAGAUGGGCGCUGAUCUGGGAGGAACAGAGAUCCUGAGGUCCCUCGAACACAUUUACAGUCAGCCCUGCAUUCUCAAUCAUCCUAGACAGCUAUUUGUCUUCACUGAUGGAGAGGUGUGGAACACCAAAGACAUUAUGAAUCUGGUGAAGAAGAAUUCAGGUUCCCACAGGUGUUUCUCUUUUGGGAUUGGGGAAGGGGCCAGCUCUGCUCUUAUCAAUGGGUUGGCCAAGGAAGGAGGAGGUCACGCUCAGUUCAUCACAGGGACUGACAGGAUGCAACCCAAAGUGAUGCAGUCGCUGCGAUUUGCUCUGCAGCCAGCUGUGGUGGACAUCUCAGUCACGUGGGAUUUGCCAAAGGGAGUGUCUGCCACUGUCCUCUCUCCACCAAUCACAGCACUUUUCCAGGGUCAGAGGUCACUGAUUUAUGCCCAGCUCACCGGACAGAGUUCAGAGGCAGCAGAGGGCUGUGUGACGGUGAAGUACAGCCUGGCAGGUCAUCCCUCUCAGAACCAGCUCCACUUCAGUCUCAGACCUGCAGAGGACUCUGGAUUAACGGUCCACAGGUUGGCUGCUCGGACUCUGAUUCGCUCCCUGGAGAUGGAGGAGAGAGGCCGCAGAGGACAGCAAGAUGGAGGAGUGAAGGAGAAGGUGGUGGAGCUCAGUGUCCAAUCAGGAGUGAGCAGUUCCUUCACUGCCUUCAUUGCUGUCAACAAAGGCGACGGCGAGGCGAUUCAAGGACCUCUGGUGCGCAGAAACGUUCCAACACCCAUGCCCAUGAUGAUGGCCUGUCGUCCGAUGUCCAGUGGUGGUCCAGGCAGGCCCAUGAUGAUGGCCUGUAUGGCGCCAUGUCCUGCGAUGUUGUGUGGUGGACCCAUGAUUUUGUUGGAUAAGAAGAAUAAGAAGAAGGGUCUCUUGAGGAAACCAGUUCAGAAGCUUCUGCAGACUGAUGGUGCUGCUCAUUACCAGCCUCCACAGAUACCAUCCAGUUGUGAUGCUGAUUUGAUGGACGCAAGUGAGGAUUCACUGUUUGAUGACACUGUCUCUCCAUGCAGCUUGGAUGAAAUCCACUUGCCCAAACAGCCGCCCAGAGACCCUUUGCUGCAGUUGGUCUCCCUCCAGAAGGCGUCUGGCAGCUGGGUGCUGGAUCCAGCUCUGGCUGCUGCACUGGGAAAGACCAGCGAGGAGGUGGAGAACCCUAAACCUGCAUCGGUGAACCAGGAAGUGUGGGCCACCAUUCUGGCUCUGAUCUGGCUUCAUGGUUUCAAGAUGGAUGCUCAGGAAGAGUGGGAGCUUCUGGCUAUGAAGGCUGUGUCAUGGCUCCGUGCUCAGAAUGCACCAUGUGUGACAGAGUGUGUGGAAGCUGGAAAUGCUCUGCUGGGUUGCAACGUGCAGAAAGACGCCCUGGGGCUCUGAGGUUUUCAUUAAAGUGGCUUCUCCUUCAGGACUGGUACACAGAAGCAGAUCUAUUCCACAAACUUUAUCAUUUUUGCACUGUUCACAUUUAGUUAUGCAGCUGUUUGUUAAGCCCUUGCAUAUUAACUGAUGUGGUAAAAUAUGUUUUGACUAAUUUGCAAGAUACUACAUCCAACCAGGUUCCGACAUGUGACAAAGAGUUGUUCUUUUGCCUUAAAUCUUAAUUGUACAUGAAUCAGUUUUACUUGUGAAAAUAAAAGUCUGAAGAAUGUGUGAAUGAAGAAAUACAAGCCCUUUAGCAUCAAUGUGAGGGGACACAUAUUUAAGGCUGACAAAGUAUUUUGGAUGCUGCAAAAUAUGUAAUUAUAAAUGUGCUUUUGAUUAUGCCUGUUUAAUUCUGUGCUAUGAAGGUGACAGAAGAUGUGUUCAGGUAUAUCAAUCACUGUAGUAUACAGAAUUGCUAUAACAGACAAGCCUAAAGACUUAUAAAGUGAAGUAAGGUAGUGUUUAAGAGUUCACAUUGACCUGAACAUACUUUUAUAUUUUUUUAAAUAACUUCACAUCGCUUGUAUUUCUAAAAUCAGACAUAAUAAUAAGACACAAUUUGUCAAUCCUCAAUUUUAUGAAUAUGUCACCUGCAGUAUUCACCUUGAACUUUAACAUCACCGCUUGUUACAUGUGACAAUCUUUCCCACUAUUUGGGGAGCCUCAUGAAGGUAUUGUAAUAGAAAACUAAAAUAGUCAA